UGGCCGCCAUGGAUGCCACCAGCGGGCCGCACCACAUCCCCUCGCCCAUCUCCCUGUACGCCGAUCAGUACCACGUCUUCGACCUCAUGCAGAGCAUGCUGGAAGCAAUCCUGAUUCAGAGGCCUGAAGAUCCUAUCCAGUUUAUGAUAAACCACCUAAAGCAAGAUAAUGAUCAUGUGCCAAGGAUUUUCAUAUUGGGUCCCCCCGCCUCUGGGAAAACAACUAUUGCGAUGUGGCUUUGUAAACAUUUGAAUGCCUGCUUCAUCAGUCUAGAAAAUUUACUAAGGAAUGAAUUUUCCUUCCUGGCAAUGGAAGCAGCGGAAAUUCGGAAGAGGAACCAGGAAAUCCCCAACGAGCUGUGGGCCAAACUGAUCCAGGAACGUCUGUCAAGCGACGACUGCAUCAAACGAGGCUGGAUUGUGGAUGGGUUUCCUGAAACACGAGAACAAGCCAUUUUGCUGCAGGUCAUUGGCAUCUUUCCCAGACACGUGGUUGUACUGCAUGCGCCAGACACCGUACUGAUUGAGAGAAAUCUGGGGAAAAGGAUUGAUCCAUAUAGUGGAGAAGUGUAUCAUACUACCUUUGAUUGGCCCGCGGAACCUGAGAUUCAAGAGCGGCUGGUAGUGGCUGAGGGCAUCUCUGAGGGAGAGACCUCCAGGAGGCUGCUAGAGCAUCACCGGAACAUUUCCAGAAUUUACCAGACCUACCCGAAAGUUUUAAAAGCCAUCAGCUCUGACCAGCCUUGUGUGGAUGUCUUCUACCAGGCGCUGACCUAUGUCCAAAGCCAACAUCGAUCCAACGCCCCUUUCACUCCACGGAUUCUUCUUUGUGGACCCCCAGGCAGUGGGAAGAGCCUGCAGGCAGCCCUUCUUGCUCAGAAAUACGGCAUUGUCAACGUCUGCUGUGGGGAGCUGCUAAAAGAAGCUGUAGCCGACCAGUCUAGGCUCGGACAGCUCAUCGAGCCAUUUUUUUACAACAAAUGGCCAGUGUCUGAUGACAUCGUGAUAAAGUUGCUGUCAGAUCGUCUCAAUAAAUUGGACUGUGUUAAAUAUGGAUGGGUGCUCCAUGGCUUCCCUCGAGAUUUAGACCAGGCUGAACACUUGGAGAGCUUGGGGUUUGUUCCAAACAGGGUGUUUUUCCUGAACGUGCCGAGUGAUUCCAUCACGGAACGAUUGUCUCAGAGAAUGUUGGAUCCGGAUACAGGAGAAAGAUACCACACCAUGUACAAGCCAGCUCCCACCAUGGAGGUCCAGGCCCGGCUUCAGCAGAACCCAAAGGACAGCGAGGAGCGGGUGAAGUUUAAGCUGGACGUCUACUACAGAAACUCCGCUGAUCUGGAGGAGUUUUACAAUGACAUCAUUUAUGUGAACGGUGAUCAAGACCCAUACACCGUCUUUGAGCACAUAGAGAGUGGGAUCAUCAUGCCCCUGCCCAUUAGAAACCCAUGACAGGCCCAGAACCCCAACUUCUCUCCCCAGUAGCAAUGCCCCACAGGAAUAUGUGUUACUGUUCAAAAUCCCCCAGAAGAAAAGGCCCAUUUAAUAAAUGGGGUUGGGCACCUGCCCACAUAGUUGGAAAA